CACAGGCAGUCACAGGUCGGCAUGCGUAGCGGCAGCGACAGCGCGUCCUUCGGCCAGCGCGCGCCGUGCCAAUGCCGCCGCAGCGAAGCCCGGGCCGGCGCGCUCGCCAGGCGGGCAGCCCGGGGGGCGGCUCCUGCGGUCCCGGGGGCGGCGGCGCGCUGCUAGAGCCAGCAGCAGCCCCCUGGCAGCAGCCCCCCGCCGGCUCCCAGACCGUCCGCACUCGGCGGGCCGGCGACUGCUGGCGGCCCACGACGUCGCGCACCAGCCGCCGACGGGCCCACGAGGACGACCUCGACGAACACGACCACGACAACGACGACGACGACGGGUGACGGCGUCACCAUGACGGCCAGGGAGGUGCUGCUGGAGGGUGGCCCGCCCUGGGGCUUCCGAAUGCACGGCGGCGCCGAUCAGGGACAGCCGCUCAAGAUAUCCAGGGUCAACCCCGGCAGCCGAGCCACCGCCCAGGGCGUCCGGGAGGGGGACAUCAUCUCCUCGAUCGACGGGAAGGCGACGGCCGCCAUGACCAACGCCGACGCGCACCAGCUGCUGCGCGCGGGCGGGCCCGCGCUCCGCCUGGGGCUCAACGGGUCGAGCGGAGGACCCAUCCGGAGGAGAGGAAGCGCUCCGCAGCCUCCCGACGAGGCGCCGCAGUGGAGGGACGCCAGCACCGGCCUGUCGGCGGGUCCCGGAAGCCAGCUCCCCCGCGCGCCCAACCCCACCGUCACCCUGCUGCAGAAGGCGAGAGAAGGGCACAUACCCCGUGGAGCCCAGUACCUGGACCACGAGAACGCGUCUUCUUCGUCUUUGGACCAAUUGGACGGAGAUGCGACAAAUGUGCGGAUCGUGAACCACCACGCGAGGAGACCUGUGGAGGGAGUCGGGCCCACGACCAAGGACGGUUUACCCACUGUACUUCGCUCGGAGGUGCGGGAUGACAACAAGGAGCGCUGGUACAAGCGCAUGUACGACCAGCUGCACAAGAUAAAGCAGGACGACGACUACGUGACGGUGCGAUACAGGCCCAACCACAAAGACCAGCGGAUCUCGACCACACCGCGGAGAGCGGAGGGGGAGGCGACCAAGUUCAAGUGGCCCGGAGGCAGGACGUCGGGCUACCAAUCGGAACCGGAACUAGGCCACUCGGAUGCAUCGAAAUACUACACGCUGGACCGGCGGCGCGGACCACCGCGCCAGCAGCAAUACUGGCAGCAGCAGCAGCAGCAGCAGCAGCAGCAGCAGCCCACGGACCCUCCGUCACCCACGCCAACGCCGGCCGCGCCCGGGGGCGUGCCCUCCGGGGGCGUGCCCACCGUGACCACGCCCCGGAGCAGAGCGGUGUCCGAGUCGCUCAAGUAUGCGGCGGAGCAGUACCGGAACCAGCCGGGACGCAUCGAGAACUACGAGCCGGGCAAGUCCUCCAUCGCGGAGAAGGAAGCCAAGCAGUGGUGGGACGAGGUGCUGGACAUCUUUGAUGGGUGGCUGGACGAUCAGUGGGCUGCCCCGCGCUGCCGCCGGCGACACCUCCACAGCAUGGAGAAGAGGAACAAGGAGAACCUGCAAGCAUUCAAGCCUUCGUUUAUGACAUACGCGCUGAAGGAGUCGGGCUACGAGAGCGACACGCAGCUCGUGGUGCGGCGGCGCGAGGACGGCCCCGGAGCCGAGCCGCUGUCACCGGCGCAGCAGCGCACGGCCUACAAGGAGAUCCAGAAGGGCGGCGACGUGCCGCUGCACGGGCUGCGCAAGACGGCGCCCGAGAAGCCCAAAGAGAGCUCAGCUUCCGGCGUGGCGACGUGAUCCUGGUCAAGAGACAGGUCGACCGGAACUGGUACGAGGGUGAGCUCAACGGCCUGCAGGGCCUCUUCCCAGCCAACUAUGUGGAGGUGCUUCCAUACGACUCGCUGCGCUCCACGCCCACCAAGCGAGUGCAGGAGGGACAGGCUCGCGCCAAGUACAACUUCAUCGCGCAGACUAGACUGGAGCUGUCUCUCGCCAAAGGGGAGCUGGUCAACCUGAUUCGGCGGGUGGACGAGAACUGGUUCGAAGGGCGCGUCGGCAACCAGAAGGGCAUCUUCCCCGUCUCGUACGUGGAGGUCCUCCUCGAGCCGUCGGAGCGACCAGCCACGACGCCGAUUCCUACGGGCAAGCCGGUGGCGGCUCCGGCGGCGCACAGCCUGAUCCUGAACGGCGGCGGCGGCGCGCACUCGUACCAGCCGCCCACCGGCCGGGCGCCCGCCAACUACUCGGGCGUCACCCCGUACGGCUCGGUGCCGGCCUCUGCCAUCGCGGCCCCGGCCAAGCAGGCCGCCGCCGUCAACCAGACCCUGCACAUCGACACGCACUCCGACCCCGUGCCAUACCGCGCCCUGUACAACUAUCGGCCCCAGAACGACGACGAGCUCGAGCUGCUCGAGGGCGACAUCGUCCUGGUCAUGGAGAAGUGCGACGACGGCUGGUACGUCGGCUCCUCGCAGCGCACCGGCUUCUUCGGCACCUUCCCAGGCAACUACGUGGAGCGGAUAUGAUGUACCGGAUCCUGGUUACAAAAGGUUCCUAAUCCAACUGUCUGUGUGUUCUGAGUCGAGUAUGAAGUCGAAGAAACUUGUGACCUCUUAUUAAUAAAGCCAAAGGAAACUGUACUAAUCAUUAAUUGAGGAAGACCUUUGUCUUAAAAAGGCAAAUCUUCCGACUUUUGCCAUAAAAUGUAUGUAAUUUCUUAUGAGUCUGUACUCAAGAAUGACAUUCGCACAGUGAAUUUAGUGCUAUUUAAGGUACUUGUGCUUGUUUUGCUCUUAACCAUCCAAAUGUUAAUCAUUGGCACUGUACAGGUGUUGAUGCAUGUCAUAAUGCCAUUUUGUGAAAUCCACAUUUUUGAAACCAAAAAAGUUUUAUUUUACUGACCACAAUUUGAGUAAGUUAGUCAUAGUAUAGCGAGCGAAUGCAUUGGGCAAGUAAUUGUUUUGAUAUGUGUAGUGUCCUGUGAUUAUUCCUAAACCCUACUGGCACUUAAUGGUUAAUCAGAAAAUAUUUUGAUUUUUUGAAGUUGUUUCAUAACUAUAAAGAUGUUGACCAAGUUAAUCCAGAAAGUAAGUCAAAAGAUCUUCGUCUAUUAAGCUUAACUUGUAAUAUAGAUUUUGAAAACUUACGCACUUAAGUUCAAGCUCAGUGGCUUGAGGAAAGGCUUCAUGACGGCAAUAAGUGCAGGUAGAAAUCUAGUCAUGCUUUUGCACGCACAUAUUAAUCGUACUCAAUUUAUAGGAUCUAUUUUUGUAACAACAUUAUUGUUACCUUAGAACUGAUUCCAUUGCACAUCUUUCCAAGAAAGAAAAAAAAACAUUGAGAAAAGAAAACUUGACAAAUAUUAAAGAGUGUUCGAAAUAUGUUGACUUGGUAACUAGGCUGGCAGCACUGGAAAACUUGGGGGGCAUUCGUGUUUCUUAAUUCAAUCCACUGCCUUAAGGAUAAAGUUUGUUAUGCACUCCAGCCCAUAGAGUCUUUCUUUUUUACAUGGAGUGGAGUGCGUUACAAAAGAUAUUCUGCCUUGUAAGUGCAUGGCAAAUAAUUCCUUUUGGAGGUCGAGAUCAAGUGUGACGCAUUGUUUCCCAGUGUCAAAAACGUCGUGAGUCAUUUGUUGAACAAAUAGAUGUAAAGAUCCCAGUUUCUUAAUUUGACUCACUUUUUCUUUGAAGAAAAAAUGAUUUCGAGCGAGCGGGAUCCAGUCAAGAUACGUCUGAAUUGUCUCUCUCCGAUCGUGCAGACAUUCACAGACACUUUCCAGGAGUGCAUUGGCUGUUUUCACAUUAAUUUGAUCUGUUUGAGUGUUAUGAUAAUACGACUUUACUACCCCUAUGACCUGAAAAUUGUCUAGUACCUAUUCUCCUAUACUUCCUACCCUUUCUCAAACGUUUAAGUCCGCAUCAUAAUAUAAUAAAGUAGUCAGGAAGUGAAAAUAAAUAAAACGGAGCCUUCUGAGAUCCCAUAACAGAUUGAUAUUUCAUUUUGAGAUUUUGAGUCGUUAUUUGAGUCCUUCAACAUUGUAACAAACUUUUGUUGUUAGUUUUAUGAAAUGAAUAAAACCCGUAUCGUGUUCAUUUUAACAAUAAAGAAAAUGUAACGCAUGUUAGUGCCGCACUAAUGAAGUAUAUAUGUUUUUGUUGGCCGCUGCCCGUCCUCGACUUGCGAUCCGAAAAUGUUUUGAAUCGUUUUAUUGUUAUCCGAAAGUCAAUUCCGCAGACUAGAGCGGCAGCGCCACCCGUGAUUGUUGUUAUAAAAACCGAGAUGUUCACAAUAAAAGCAUAGACCUAUUGA